CGCUCCCCCGCCACCUCCCGGGCGGGGAUGCUGCCGCUGGGCUGCGGGUGGAGGCAUCUUCGUGCAGGGCCAGGCGCUCCGGCCUUCGCUCGGCUCUGUUCUGGCGCCGAUAUGCCUAAGAAGGCUGGUGCGACGAGCAAGGGUAAAAGCCAGAGCAAUGAACCAGAGAGACCACUUCCUCCCUUAGCUCCUGUGGCAGUUGAUCCAAAAGGUUGUGUCACCAUAACCAUCCAUGCCAAACCUUGCUCCAAACAGAACGCUGUAACAGAUUUGACAGCAGAAGCCGUAAAUGUAGCCAUCGCAGCACCUCCAUCAGAAGGGGAGGCUAAUGCUGAGCUCUGCCGGUAUCUUUCCAAGGUCUUAGAACUCAGGAAGAGUGAUGUGGUUUUGGAUAAGGGUGGUAAGUCUCGUGAAAAGGUGGUGAAACUUUUAGCCUCCACAACUCCAGAAGAGAUCUUGGAGAAGUUAAAAAGGGAAGCUGAAAAGAACUAAAAGCAAGAAAUGAAAAAAAUGGAUCAUUGGGAAGCUUUUUUUAUUGCAAAUGAUGAAGAGUCUGUUAAAUAGGAAAACAUAUUUAAGUGCACAGAAAAACAUGGGAGUAUGUGUGUGUGUGUAUGUACACAUAUAUUUUUAAAUAAGAUUUAAAAAAAUUUUUUGAAUGAAUAUAGGUUCUAAAAUCCCUGUCUACAAACAGCCUAGCCUAGAACAUGUUACUUUGAUUUCAAGGCAUUACAGAAUAACAGAGCUGGAAAGGCUAUUUAAGAUGACAUGAUUUAACACCUUUCAUUCUGCGUUGGGGCUUCUGAUAUCCAAAACUUGAGGUUUAUUCAUACCAUGCAAGAUGGCAACCUUGUCAAAUACAGUUUACCCUGACUAUGAAUAAAAAUAAUAUCUCCACAGCAGUUCUGGAGUUCUGGGGAUUGCCUUCUAAUCCAGUUUACAAAUGUCAGAGAAAAACCUGUCACACUGCUUUGUAGUCUUACUUUAUGUAUUAAGGUAUUUUGCUAAAUUCAAAAAAAUACCUUUUAUAUCUUUCAAAGACUACAUUGAAGCAUUUUGUGAAAAAGUAAAUAAUAAUCAAGACUUGUAAUUUAAUAUGAAUUAUAAUUUUUGAGAUGUCACUGAAUUUUCUUCUUAAUAACUUGUAAUCAUCAAAUCUGGCAGUUCUUAUGAAGGUCCAAAGAUCCUUAAAAGAAGAAAGAGGACCUAGAAGCUACUUUCACUAUUUGUAAAAGCCUGUCAGAACUUACAUUUAUAUUAAAGUUACAAAGGCUAAUAAUAAAUUUUUACAUAUUUGGUGCAAGUUAUAGUAAUUUAUUUAUUUUGAGACAGUCUCACUACGUUGCCAUCAGCAGAGUGCUAUGGCAUUACAGCUCACAGCAACCUCCAACUCUUCUGCGUAAGCAAGUCUCUUGCCUCAGCCUCCCAAGUAGCUGGGACUACAGGCACCCGCCACAACACCCAGCUAUUUUUUCGUCGUAGUUGUCAUUGCUGUUUGGCAGGCCCAGACUGGAUUCGAAUCACCAGCUCCAGUGUAUGUGGCUGGUGCCUUCUGAGCUACAAACACUAAGUCAAGUUAUAGUAAUUUAGUAAGAUAAAUGAUUUCCUUUGUGGAGCAGAAGAGCUGAUUUGCAGUAUGCUUUGUCUAAUAAGUACAUGAGAAAAAUGAUGGACAAAAUCUGUAGGAAAGACCAAUAAUAGAAAUUCUUGAUGGUGAAAGAGCUAGAAACCACUCAUUUCAAACUUUUUUUUUUUUUGUUAGAGACCGUCUCACUUUGUCACCCUUGGUAGAGUGCGAUGGUGUCACAGCUCACAGCAACCUCCAGCUCUUGCACUUGGGUAAUUCUGCCUCAGCCUCCCAAGUAGCUGGGACUUCAGGCACCCACCACAAUGCCCGGUUACGUCUAGAACACUUAUUUUGUUGAUAGGAACCAAGGGCGGGGAAGUUUAGGUGGCUUAGUCAAUAUCACAGUGCGCAUUAACAUCAGACCUUGGUUUGAGCUCAGCUGGGUUGUCUUCUAGACUACCAUGUGAUGAGGUCUCCAAUGGUCUUCUGUUUUACAGGUCUUGGCUUAAGAACUUUUCCCACUUUUUUCAGCACUUUCGAUAUGUGCUGGAAAGGCGUUUUACUUGUGAUUUCUGCAUGAAUCAUUGUUAGGAUGCCUUCUUUGACAAAUAACAGAAACACACUCCAGUUGUCUUAGAGUAAUGGGACCUAUCAGAUCAGAUACCUGGGAAAUCCAGCAGCUAUGUGAUGUCAUAAAGCAGUGCUCCCCAACCUUUUUGGCACAGAGGGACAGUUUCAUGGAAAACAAUUUUCCCAUGGACCAGAUUGUGGGGGAAUGGUUUUGAUAGGAUUCUGCAAGCAACGAGUAUGUUAUGGUCUCUGUGCAAACCUCUGCUAAGAAAGGACAAUGUAUUUGUGGCCGCUCCCCAGUGCUGCCAUCACCACCUCAGCUCCACCUCAGAGGUGCAGGCAUUAGA